AUGUCGGACGCGCUCGUGCGCUUGUCGUCGCUUGUCAGGUCAAAGCUGCUGCGACUGCUACUACUGGCGACUAUCGCCGUCUACACAAUCGCAAUGGUGACGUGGGUGCUGUCGAGUCGCCAGUCCGUUGCGCUUUUGCCCGCACACGCGACGACCGAAGCGCACGCAGCGACAGUCGAGCGGCCGCCACGGGAGGCGCCGGAGAUGCGGCAGCUCCGGUGCGUUGGAUGGAGAGCGACGCGCAACUGCAGUGCCGACGGCGCGCGCGACGAGGCGCAGGACAAACGGUGCAACGAACGGGUCGAGAGCACUGCGUCCGGCUACUGUGAGGUGGAAGACGUGGUGUCCGGCGAGAGGUUCCGCGUCCUGCAACGCGGGUGUCGCACCGUCCGGAAGAGGGCCGUCUUUACGUGCUCUCGGGCACCGGACGUUGUGGCGUUUCGCGUGGAAAGCGACCGCGUGGUGGAAGCUGUGCGUGCACCUGCGUUUCGGCUGCCUCGGAGUCGCACGCCGAGCACGGAGGCUCGAGCGGGCAUUGUCAUGGUCGUGUACCCGAGUCUCUUGGCGAGUGUGUACGCUUUGAUCCGCACACUGCGAGAGCUGAUGCACUGCCAGUUGCCGAUCGAAGUGUGGUACCGCCCGGACGAGAUGCGGGACGUGCCUGCCGGGCUCAAGACACUCGAGGACAUGGCCGAAAAGGACGCAGUGGGUGGCCUCACGAUUCGAGCGAUCGACGAUCUGCGAGCGGUGCGGUUCGCUACAAAAGUGCACGCCAUCUACAACAGUGCGUUCGACCACGUGCUGUUCCUCGACGCGGACAACGUGCCAGUGCGCGACCCGACGUUCUUGUUCGAGUCGGAGGAGUUCGUGCGAACGGGCGCUGUGUUCUGGCCGGACUUUUGGUUCCCGCAGUGCACGAUGUUUCACAUCGUCGAAGACUCGUUGGUGUGGCAACUGCUGGACAUGCCAUACGUCGACAUGUUCGAGCAGGAGAGCGGUCAGCUGGUGAUCGAUCGACGGCGUCACGCUGCUGCCAUGGAGCUCGUCCACUUCUACGCGUUCCACACGCCCAACCUGUUCAAGCAACUCGCUCUUGCGUGGGGUGACAAGGACCUCUUCCGAUUCGCGUGGAUCAAGCUGAACGCCCCGUUCUUCAUGGUGCAAACGCCGCCUGCCAUCGCUGGAAAGCUCGUGGGCGACUCGUUUUGUGGCAUGACGAUGGUCCAACACGAUGCCAGCGGACGCGUCUUGUUCCUUCACCGCAACUACAACAAACUGACUGGGCGACCGCACCAGCACGACGAAAAGCACCAAAGCGAACCACAGAAGCAAGUCGGCUCGACGCAACCAGAUCCGGAUCGUGCUGUCGUGCCCAAAGACGCGAUCGCACACGCUAACGCGAACACUUCGGCGCAAACACCUUUGGCAACACUCGAGAGAGCUUCCGAGUCCGACGAGCUACCCGAUCCAGCCAUAUGGACACAUUUGUGGUCGUUCCGAAACUCGUCGCCUCGCAACGACUACCGAGUCGUGAUAUACAAAGCACCACCAGGAUUUCCCCCGUUGCAAAAGUGUUACGGCCCGCGCGGUCUCCGUGACAACGAGCACUUUUACGCGCAGGAGUUCGCGUCACUCGACUUUUCCGGCCUCGAGACACACCUGAGACGUUUCGCUAUGGAAGGCGCCCAACUAGUGGACACGUUUCGAGCUCCGAUGACGAAAGAGACGCGCUAG